AUGCUGACGGUGGCGCAGUCAUCUCUGUUGACGCAUCCCCAGGACGUGUCGUCCACCCUGACAGAACUUGGUCAACUUCUGGCCACAAUAAGUAGCCUCACCUCGACUCUGCGCACUUCUUUGGACACACUCAUCAGCAUGACUUCUAUUGACUCCAGUGUACUGACCAGUACGUCAACGUCCAUUUCAACGACUGUGACACCACCACCACCAUCGUCGGUUGCCCCACUCCCAACAGGCCGCUUAAUUACCCUUCGCGUAAUUCCCAACGGCAGCGGUUCAAAUUUUGUGGGCUUUCAACCUACGGUGAUGAAGACACCGUCGACUGUCACGUCAGAGAGCAGGUCAUCGGAGGUGAUAUCGGAGGCCAAGCCGUCUAAUCCGACGUGCGAUGUUCCUGCGAUCGCGCAAGCGCAGCCUGCUUCCGGAGUGAACACGACGGGUUCGGUGGUUGUGAACCAACUUCCAGCGGUUUCUACUCCGCCGCCGCCGCCGUCGUCGUUAGCAGUUGCGGUAAAGCCUGUUGUGAACCCCCGAAAGCGUCCCCCACCGAUAGCUAGUAAGGUGCCGGAGGGGGCAGAAAGACGCCCAUCGAAGUCGGCUAGUCCAUUGUCGGAGGAGGCGGUGACCUCCGUCCCUGUGAGCAUUUCGAAUGUUAUGGCGUCCAGUUCGCCAGUCAAUUCGGUGGCGAGCUCUGGACGAACUGAUGAGCGGCCCAACACGACAGACUCAAAUGUGACGGUGCCGGUGGCAUCUUCGUCGGAGGAGGCUGAAGAGGUGACACAACCUUCAACCGUGUCAACCCCGCAUCCCACACCUGAGGCGCAGAAAUUAGCUGCGGCCGCUCCGGCCGUCUCUAAUUGGGCCCGCAAGAACCUGUACAUUUGUCCGAUGGAGGCUUGCAGGAAGAGUUUCAUAAAACGCAGUAAGCUUCGUGAUCACCUCUGUGGCCACACCGGUGAACGACCCUACGUGUGCCCCCUCUGCAAGGCGAGAUUCAUCCGUAGCUGCGAUCUCCGACGACACAAUUUAUCUCACUCGAAAGCCGAAAACAGCGUCCCCGAUUCCUCCUCUCCUCAUUCUAUCUCGUGA